GACAUUCCAUCGAACCGACUCUCCAAAUGGCAGCAUAUCCAACAGCUUAAACAACAUUUUUGGAACCGCUGGCAUAAGGAGUAUUUGAACGAGCUAACCAACCGCAAUAAAUGGAGCAAGGGUGGACACAGCAUCCAAAAGGGCACAAUCGUCAUCCUCAGAGAGGACAACGUUCCCUCCAUGCAUUGGCCUCUGGGCCGAGUUAUCAAGAUUCAUCCAGGCGCCGAUGGUGUCAUCCGGACAGCUACAGUUCAGACGGCAAAGAGCAUUUUGGAUCGGGGCGUCAAAAGGCUUGUCCCACUGCCAAUUCAACCCGAUCUCGAGAAACCCGAACAACUAGCCACCGAGACGAAAUAAGAUGGGAACUUCAACCACACCUCCCUAGUUUGAUCGGUACCCUCUCAACGGGGGGAGAAUGUUACGCCAUGCGGCUUACCAUAGGUCAUAUUCUUAACUAUCGAUCGCGGCACUAUAAUGUCGCAGACGGAUCGUCGUGUCUGCCCGGCAAACAAACAUUGUAGUGGCAAGCGCAUGGUUCAUUAAGCAGGGCGACUUCCAGAAACGUCGACUCGUGGCCCGUAUUUUACCUCGCGUAAAAGAAUGUGGCGUGAUCCGAACGUAGUGGGGGUCGCCUUCCAGAAAAAACGAAAAAAAUCGAAAGGCGUUCAGAACUUUUCGAGAUGUCGAACCGUCAACACAUGUGGCGCUUGGCCAUGGAUCGCUGCAUUAGGUUUUCGUAAUCCCCGAAACCCAGACAAACCACUAUGGAAGUGCGGAGGUUCCCUGAUAUCGGCUAGGCAUGUUUUGACCGCAGCACAUUGUGCACAUAUGGAUGGAAUAGAAAACAUACACAAUCAUAAUAUUGUCAUUCUUAGAUUGGUGGAGGAGGUGCCAUUUUCGAGGUACGUAUAUCCCAUUUGUACGAAAGAGCCCCUACGAAAGAGCAACUUCGUCGGCUAUAACCCCCUUGUUGCUGGAUGGGGAGCAUUAAGAUAUAGACGACCACGACGUAAUGCAUUAAUGGAAGUACAAAUGCCAGUGAUUAAGAACGCCGAAUGCAAAAUAGCUUAUUCCAAAUUUCCUAAUGCACCUGAUAUCACUGAUGGUAUAAUAUGCGCCGAACAUGCUCAGGGUGGAGAGGAUUCUUGUACGGCUGACCGCGGCGGACCACUGCUGAUACAACAUGAAUUAACCUCGUAUUUAAUAGGUAUUGUGUCUUAUGCUUAUAAGUGCGGCACAGCUGGGUAUCCCAGCGUUUACACUAGGGUCACAUCGUACCUUGACUUCAUUCUCCAAGCGAUGCAAUAAUAUGAUAUUACUGUUCCAUAAAUAUCAUUGUGUAAAAAACGUAAAGUUGGAUUUUCUUAUUGUGGAGAUAAGAAACAGCUCAAAUUUACAUUGUUUUGUACGUUACAAAUUAUAGGCUUAAAAUGUACGAAAUGUAACUUUGAAACGACACUAAUUUUUUACGCACGAUAAACCUCCACGACUUAGGUAUGUAAAGAUGAUAAACUUGUAUUAAUUCUAUUAAUUUGGUAAUAAUAAACCAACUUUCUGAGAAGUUCUGUAAAUUUCGUUUCUGUUGUAUCAAGAGAAUAAUGGAAUAUUCCACAUAGAUCGUAUACU